CCACUAUGCUUAAAACUUUUUUUUUACCAAUAUUAUUAAAAUCAAAAUUCGAAAAUAUUUAAUAUUUGCGUUUUUUACAUAUGUAAAUCAUGACAGACAAACAAUAGAAGCUUAAAAUAAUUAAAUAUUUUUUGUUAGAAAUAUUUUUUACUGUUUUUUUUACAAUUUUUUUGUUUUAUAUUUUUAUACGCGUACUUAUUUGGAAGGAUUCAAACUUCCGGCAGAUUUGGCCUGCAGUAUAAAUUUCGAUAUAAUUUCUUUUGGUUUCUCCAAACGGCAGGGAAAUGCAAAAGAGAAGCUUGGGUAGUGAACCAAGCUUGGUCAAUCAACCAAUUAAAAUCACAAGUAACUUGGAUAAUAAGACUGGAUUAUCCGAAACAUACUUGAAAUGUAUGCAGGAGAGUAGUGUUGGUGUUUUUCCGGAAGAUAAGGGUGCAAUGAAUGCUUAUGAAGUAUAUAAAAGUUCUCCUGAGACGAGGUUAAUGAAAAGUGAGUCUGAUAAAAGGAUAUAUGCUGAUGCGCUUAUACAUCCGCCUGGCUUCGCACCUUUAUGGUAUUUAUGUGGAAAAGCUUUAUCUAAAAUGUACGAACCGAAUGAACUAAUUGAUUUAGUUAAAAAUGAUCCCAUUAUAAUGAGAAGCUACUACAAAACACUAAACCUGGAUCUACCUUUAGAGAAGUGUUACUAUAUAGAUGAUGAGAGCUAUUGGAAACGUUAUGUUUUGUCUCGUCACAAGGAUCCGGGUUUGCAAGUUAAGAAAAUAAAUUGGAAAAAUAAGGGAAUUACGAUGAAAUUUGAAAAAUACCUACAAGAAUUAAGUGCGGGAUACUGGGAUGAAGUCGAGACGGAAAGUUUAUCAGCUAAAAUUAACAUUUACGUAACCGAUUUACAUAUUGAACAUUUGCGAUCGAUAGAUGAGCACACCCUACUGAAACAUGUAAGGCGCGAUGAUGUAUGUUCCUCAUCUGGCUCAUCGACGACUAUUCCCAGUAGUUCUGUUAGUGCGGAGGAGCAGCUCGAAGCUGAAGAGGAGGAAGAUAUUGAAAGCAAAAGUGAGGGAAGCAGAAAGAGCAUCUUGCGGACUUCACAAUCUGGUUCAAACAAACAUGUUUUGUUGGGUCCAACAAUCAACCAACCGAUGCGUAAUAUUAGGGGCUUUUCAAGUACAACAAGUGUCUACUCAACGUGGAAUUACAAUUCGAGAUCAAUUAAUAGUUUGUGGUUCGACGCUAACGAUACCGAGCUUGAAGAUAAAUCAAUUAGGAACGAAAAGAGAAUAGCACAACGUUUAAGGCGACAAAAGAGGACAGAGUGUAAAGAACGCGAACGAAUCGCGGAAGAACGGGCGAAAAGUGAAGCCGAGGCAGCUGCUAAAGCAGCCAAAGAAAAGGCAGCAAAGGAAAGAUUGGCUAAAAGAAGAGCGGAAAGGCAAAAGAAGAAAGGUGAUGUUGAAAUGAUCAGUGUAUUUGAUAUGGAAGUUGAGCCGCCAGAAGAGGAAGAUGACAUAAUUGUCUUGAACGCACUAAAUAAAGAUAAAAUAAAGCAACUCCAAGUUGCAAUGAGGGAUCCAGCGAUUGCAGAUUAUUGCCAUCAUGCAGAUUUGCGUCUACUGAAGUAUUUUCCAUUCCUGAAUACCUUGCGCAUUGAGUUUAAUGGUCCACCGCCACCAGUCAAAUAUGAGGAUUGGCAUUAUCAUGUCAGUACGCGUGACAUCGAACGAUUGGCCGAGGGCCUAAGAGGUCUAGGUGGUCUGCAAGUCUUUAGUCUACGCAAUAGUCGUUUGAAUGCAAAUAAGCUGUUCUUACUCACCAGGAGUCUGAAGACAAUUCACACCUUGAAAAUCGUUGACUUCAGCUACGAUAAUUUGAAAGAUGAUUGCGGAGAGGGUCUUCAUGAACUUUUCCAAAGAACUACCUCAAUUAUAUCACUAGAUUUGACUGGUAAUGAGCUCGGCGCUGAGGCAAUUUGCGAUUUGGCGAGAGCACUCGGAGGUUAUGAUGGUUGCUGUCAGUAUUUGAGUUUGGCCCACAGCACUAUAAGUACAGACGCAUUGAAUUUGUUCUGCUUGCAUAUUGCAAAUACUGAGCAGGUGCGCGAAUUAUGCUUGCGCGGAGCGAUAAUCUCUCAAGAGGGCAUCAAAAGUUGUAUUGCCCAGCAACUGAUCCCAAAUCAUAAAGUGUUGCGGGCCAUUGAUAUGUCGGGAGUUGUAAUCGACACCGAUGUAGCAUGUGAAAUACUAAAGUCAUUAAAGGACAACUACAAAAUACGAAAAUUCGAUGUACGCGGUUGUGACUUACCUGUCGAUUUGGAGGUCGAUUUCGAAAUUCUAGUCAAUCGAAAUAAAUUCCUCUUCCUUUAUCCAGCCAUUGGCGAUACCAGGAUAUCUAUCGAAGAUAUUGAUCAAUCUCUUAAAAAAACAAGAAACAAAAUCCUUCUACGUGCAAUAGAAGCGGUAGAAAGGAGAGAAGAAUGCUUAAAGCUGCGCCCGAAUUUAUUUCAUCGUGAGAGUGAAACUGCAAGUUCUAUAUUUAAUUUCCAUCAAGAACAGACACACGAAGAAGAUGAAGACGGAGGCGUCGAAGUGGGUGUAUGCGAGGAAGAGAGAUCAAGUUGGAUUACGAAAUUUCAUUCCGAAGAUCCAAAUAAGUUUGAUAAGGAUGAAAUUUUGUCACGGUUCUGGUAUUUUGACAUACCAAGAGGACCACAUUCAAAUUAUUAACGAAUAAAAAUAUGUAUGUAUGUAGGUAUAUAUACACUGCCAGAAGUAUACAUACAAUUUAUUAUAUAUUUUUUUAAAAGUCGGGAAAAAAAAUUAGAAUAAUAUACUUUUGACUAAAAAACCAAAAA